CUUUAAAUCAACAAUGUCAAGCUGUGUUUACUGUUCAUAACAGUCUGAGGCACAAAAGUUCUUGUUCCGAUGGUGAAAAUGCAAAUUAUCGCAAGAGCGAUAAAAUCUUGCCAGAAAACAUUCCAUAUACCUGUCUUGCAGCAGCUACAGAAGUACACCGAGAAUGCAAAGACGAUAGAAGCGGAUCAGAAGGGUUUGGAAAAUACGACAGUGGCUGAAGUUCUGAUGACGAAAGAAGAUGAAAAAGUUGGAUCGUGGCUGUGGUGCAAGAGCGACGACACAGUCUAUGAUGCUGCGAAGCAAAUGGCUCGAAACAAUAUUGGAUCUUUAGUGGUUCUAAAGCCUGGAGAUGAGCAAAUGAUUGCAGGAAUCAUCACAGAAAGAGAUUACAUGCAGAAGGUAUUUGUCAAGGAUCGAUCAUCUAAAUACACCAGAGUCGAAGAAAUCAUGACGGAGCAGAACAAACUGGUAACGGUGACAUCUGAUACAAACGUUUAUCAAGCAAUGCGACUAAUGUCAGAAAACCAGAUACGGCAUGUCCCCGUGGUAGACGGAAGGAUCGUGGGGAUGAUUUCAAUCGUUGAUGUUGUUCGAGCAAUCGUGGAUCAGCAAAGCAAUGAAGUGAAUAAGCUGAACGAAUUCAUCAAGGGCGAUUACUACUAGUACCAAUUUAUUGUUGUACAUUUUCCUUAAAAACACAAAAUGCAACAAAUUUGUUUUAGUUCUUAUUUAGUGUACAUCAAAUAACUUACACGCUCGUGUCAACUAGAACCCAGAACUAAAGGUGGAAAGGCCUCGUUUGUACUAUUGGGCCGAAGGCCUCUUGAUCGAUUCUUGUUGUAGAACGUUCUCAUCGAGCAA